AAAACAAUUCGCGAGCAACAAUUCUGUAUAAAUAACAGCCCUCUGCAGCCGCAUUCUUAUUCUCUUAGUGUCCGCUGAAGGAGAAGUCCGCCGAUUAAAAUGUGGUUAAGGUUUCCAAUACCUAUGUCUGCCCCUUCUAGAAAAUCUGCGAUGUCAGACUCACCGUCACCGGCUAGAAACUCCCAGCAGGCUCGACUCCAGCUGAAGAAAUUCGGGUACGCCUUCGAUGAAGAAGGAGUCCUGCGCAAAAUUGAUCCAGCGACAGAGACCGUCCAGGAGGCCUACUCUUAUGACUUCACGGCCGAAAACUAUAGGCACUACCGGAAUGUGAUCAAACAAAUCCCGGAAAUCGCCUACGAUCUGUUGGAGAAAAGCGGUCUUAGCCGCACCCGCAUUCCCUUCGACGAGGCUUCAGAACGCUCGACGAUUAUCUUCUCGCAACCAUCAAGGCUGCAAAAGUCCAAGAAGUUGCUAGUCCUCACUCAGGGUUGUGGCCUUGUUAGUGAAGGACAGUCGCAGAGAAGUUUAAUUAUCUACAACUCGCUGGACCAUGGCUCCCAGAUUUCUUAUGUUCGUAGGGCUCAGCAGCUCGGAUACGAUUUGCUCGUUACCAAUGCCAAUGAUUGUACGCGAUUCUGCAUUGAAAAUAGAAAUGCCACAAAUGCGAAAAACGUCGAGGAAAGGUUCCUCGAACACUCGAAAUAUGUUUGGGAAAAUAUUGUAAUGCCUUCGGAUCCGGAGAGUGUGGCACUUGUGGCCCACAGCUAUGGAUCCCGCCUCAUCUUAGAUCUGGUGGAUCGCUUUUCGGCUUUCUUUAGAGAACGCGUUUUUGCUAUUGCCUUCACCGAUGCGAAUAUGGGAAGUCCCCAGGCGAAGAACAGGGACUACCUAUGCGAAGUAAGCUGCGAUUGGGUGGCCAGCCAGUUACCCUUGGACACUCCCAUCUCCCACUUAAGUCACAGCAUCCGGAAGGUGUCUGCUGGACACCCCCAGCACGAGGGGACUUCACGCUCGGCCAUCGAUUCCAUAAUUCGGUUUAUUGAGGACAAGUGUGAGCAGCGGAGGAACCAGUAGUGACAGCCUCCUUGAGCCUUAUGCUCCCCAUUUUAGUGCAUAUCUCGGAGAUGUGAAUAUAAAUUAUGUUUUUACCGCCUCUACACUAUUGACACUGAUCCCUUUUCUCAGAGGACAAACACAAACCAUCGAUUUGCAAUGCAUAAAUCAAGCGAGCGGACGCUGUCCGAGUAUGUCACUAACACUUACAUCAGGGCAAUUUAAUUUGAUUUUCGGCACUCUGGCACAUUCCGUGUGAGUUAAUCAUAUUGAUGGCUGAUGUAUUGGCAGCGAUAAAACAAAAGUCUCCCGCUUGGCCCAUCAGCUCGGUAAAAAACCAGCGUCCGGGAGCAAAACAAAUUCCCUCAACGACGGUCGGAUAAGGAAGGGCUGUCAGCUUGGCAGCUGCAUCAAAUUCCUUGGGGUUGU